AUGAAUAACACAGAUAAUAAUUCCAUCUCUUUGCUACACGCCAUGUACAAUGAGAUACUAUCUUUGAAGACAGGCCAAGAAAAGGCCAAACUUGAAAUGAAGGCACAGAUCGAAGAGUUGAAGCUCGAAAUGAAGACAAGCAUCGAAGAUUUGAAUUUGGAGAUUACUGCUCUCCAGAGCCAACUGGAGAAUAGAAACAUUUCCAACCAACACACUUCGCCUUCUGUCUCUGCCAUUUCUAGUGCUAAUACCAUCCGCAAACCGGUGAGCAUAUUCCGUGAAAUAACUUUAAAGCAUAUCUUCAAGAUGAUAAGUGAAGACCUUGGCAUUGAAGGGGGCAAAGUGGAUAUUUGGCAAAAAAUCGCCACAAAGCCGCCUUGUCAAACCGCCAUAAAGCAGCCAUAA